AGAAGAGUGCUAUUUUUUUUGUCCUUUUUUUGCGAGUCGAGAAAACAAACCAACCAAACGACCGAAGAGCUUUAUCAGUAGUAUUUGCAGGGUUUAUUUCUGUGCUCUUUCGUUUGUGUGUACGGCGUGUAAGCGGUCGGUUUUUGCUGUCGCGUGUGGGACUUACCCUUUUUGCGCGCUUGUGUCGUGGUGGUGUAUUGAGCUACAAGCCCUUUGAGCGGCUGUUCGAGCCACGGCUGUUAUACGUGUGUUGCCCACCUAUUCGUGCGUAGCACAUUACUUACCCUUUGUGCUCUGGGUUACUAUUAACACAACAUUUCUUGGCUUCGUUCACAACCCUCCUCCCCCCUCUCCACACACCCGCACACACACACACACACACACACACGAUCAGACGAUCAGAGAAGUCAGAGCAAUUGCCGCUUUUUCUGUUUUUUGACGACGGGCAGCCCCACUGGCAAAGCAAAGGGCAGCACGCAGAAGCGGACACUGUGGGAGAAAAACUUCCUUCUUGUUGCGAUUGAUUAUUGUUUCUUUAGCCUGCUUGCUUGUUUCUCCUACCGUCUGUGUCGCACCCUCGAGGCAUUGUUGUUUUUUGUUGUUGUUGUCCCAUUCAUUGCUUCUUCAGCUCCGCUGUCGAUCACACCGAGAGGGUAGGCAGCGAGUUUGAUACCAAGCGGUACUUCUCAGCGUCUUUCUUUGUGUUGUUUGCAGAGCGUCGCUGCGGAGAGGCUUGAGCGUCUUUUUUCUUUCUUAUCUUAACUAAGCGAAUUCCUGUCCCUUGCUGGUAGGGUUUUUUCCCGCCUUUCCACCAUGUCCAAUCUUAACCCGAACGCCCCUUCUUUUCCGGUCGGCAACUACCAGCAGCCAAACAUGAACAACAACAACAGCCAGGGCUACGGCAGCAACGCUGGUGGCGGCGGAAGCGGCGGCAUGAUGCCAAACGACAGCUACGGCGGCGGCCCGAUGAUGUACGAAAACAACAACGCCUACGGACCGGGCGGUAUGGGCGGCGGCGGCCGCGGCUACAACGCCGGCGGUAACUACGGCGCGAACAACCAGGGCGGCAACUACGGCCCCAGCGGAGGUAACUACAUGAACGGCAAUCAACCGCACGGUGGCUUCUCGCCAAACCCGCGCAUGGGUCGCCCGGGUCCGUCACGGGGACCGGGCCCGCACAACCAGUACCACGCCCCCAAUUCGAACAUGAUGGGCGGCGGCAACAUGCGUCAAGGCAACUACCGCGGUCCAGCGAUGUACCCCGGCAACGGAUCGAUGGACAUGAACAACAACUACGACCAGCCCCCACCGCAGCAGCAGCCGCAGCACCUGCAGAUGUCAAUGCCUCAGCAGCCGCACCCCAUGCGGUCCAGCAACAACAUGGGCAUGAAUAAUAACAUGAUGGGUAGUGGCGGUGGUCCUCGCAUGCCACCACCACCGCAGCAGUACGGCGUCAACAGCAACAAUAACCCGCGCGGCCCCAUGCCCGGCAUGGGACCCGUCAUGGGCAACCAGAGCGGCGUGGUCUCAAGGAACCCGAGCGCGCCGCCGCCGCCGAUGCCGGCACCGCCGACCCCACCCGCGGUGGUCGCCCCAGCGGUGACCCCUGCCGUGGCGGCCCCGUCGUACCUGACGAAGACCACCCCGCGUGUGGUGAUGGUGGUGGGCUACAAGCAAACCGGCAAGACGACUGUGGCGAGGGCGAUUGCGGCCAAGGAAGGGUUCGAGUACGUAUCGUUGAAGGGGCCGCGGGACGAGGGCAGCGGUGAGAAGAACGAGGAGGUGAAAGAGGCAGCCCCGCUGGAGCGGUUGGCGGCGCUGCGGGCGGUGCUGGAGGAGAAGUCCGCGCGGAAGGGCCUCGUGUUGGACGACGCCUUCACGACGAACCGCUUUCACGCCCACUACGUUCUGCACUACCUGGCGAGGGCGGGCCUGCAGCUAGACGCGGUGGUCGCCCUGCUUCCCGAGCUGUCCCUGCUGGUGAAGCGCGGUGUGACGUUCGACACGAUCGGUGACAAGACCGCCCACCCCGAGGCAUUCGAGUUUGCCUCGAGCUUAGACCAAUCGAGCGUUGUUGCCAUUGUCGAUGACAUGAGCGUGAAGGAGGUGGUGGCAAAGGCCACCGAAGAGGUCUCGGCGCUGCUCAGGACGAACCCGCCCGCCGUGACGCUGGAGGAGGUCUUCUUCGUUCCCAGCUGCCCGCUUGUGACGGAUCCGGAGCGGGUGGAGGAAAUUUUAGAAGCGGAGCGCAGCACCAUCAAGCGUGAUCUCCCGUACAACUUCUCGUACUCGGAGCCGAACUUCGUCGUCGAUUACGUGCAAUUUGUGCAAUCCGCGGCGAAGCUGCCGCAUUACCUGGUGACGCCGUGGAUGUGGGGUGACAAGGUCUCCCUCAUCGGCCACGACACCGGUGUCUUUGUGCACCUCACCUCGUACAACAUUCUCUUCCAGUGGAACAACGUGCCCACAGCACUGCAGGAGCUCGUGAAGAAGCUGAAGAGCGAGGCGGUGGCCGCGGCCACCCCUGACGCCCCUGCCGACCCACUGCUCUUCUCCGUCGAGGCCUCCAUGCUGAACGACGUCUUCUACAUCUCCGAUAUGGUCGUCCUCGGCAAGCGGAAGGGCGGGGAGAUGAUCCUGCACGACCGGGUGAAGCUGCUGCACGAGUGCUUUGGAAAGUUGCCCUCGACCGGGGUGGUGCGCCUGCUCGAGCACUUCAACGUCAGCAACAUCAAGGACUGCCUAGAGGCCUACAAGGACAUUAGCCGUGGCGCCAUUUUCGUGAACCCCGACGGCAUCGAGUACGGCUCCUACGACGUCUACAACUUCGUCUACCCGUGCGAGACGCGGAAGACGGUCCGGCUGCGCAUCUGGGACGGUCGCGUGACGGACGACACGUGGAAUUUUGAUUGCUACGUGCGGGAAUGCAAGGUCGAGGUGCCGGCCACCAGUCGCUCCACCGGUACGAACUCGCUGCCGGUGGUGAUCGGCGACGGCGAUGUGGAAGAAAACGUGAUCAACGACGGCAACAUUGUGGAGUGCGUGAUGGAGCGCGUCGCGGCGAAGGGCAAAUCGAAGGAGAAGAGCGCCGUUCUUAACUUCUGUCGCCGUUGCAAGUGGGAGGUGGCGCCGAUUACGCAGUUUUACAUGUGGGCCUUCGCCGACCCACCGCGCUGGUCGACGGAGUCGUUCCUCGACGCCUGUUCUACCAUCGCCGGCGUGCGUCCGACGAUGUAG